AUGAACUUUGGUGUGGGUUUGAAAGUUAAAAACGUAAGCCCCGGUCGAGGGUAUUUAAAGGGCGUCUAGAGCAUCCUUGGCGCCUGUUUUUCAUGCUCAAGGUGUUGGCUAAGAAGUAAGAUUAUUGAGUUAUUGCGCGACGCCUAUUAUAUACGCAACGCUUCCAGAAGAAAUCAAUUUUCUCGGAGGAGAUUUCUAGAAAUGUCGCUAAGAAUUUCCUUCUCGAUGAUCGUUGUAAAUGCAGCGAGAUUUGACAUCAUCCCCGUUUUCAAUGCGUGUUAUUAUGCCUCUCUUACAGUACUUCGACUCUCGUCAAUUUUAUUGUUUCAGACUUGGAUCAAAAUGAAAGCCACACUUCUUUUGACUACUGUGCUUCUAGUGCUCUUUCAUCAAAUCACCUGCGAGAAGAUCCUGUUAUUAAACUCUGCCCGCAUCGGACAGUCGCACAUCUUCUUCAUGGGAAAAAUUGCUGAUGUUCUCGUGGAAGCCGGACAUAACGUGGUAAGCUCAAAACUCAGACUGUGUUAGACUUUGGGAAGUGAAAAAAAUAACGGUAGUCUUACCGAAAACAGUCGUUCAUCAAAACAAAUGAAUGUAUCUCUAACUUUAGACCUUCUACCAACAAGAUGCAUUCACGUCAAUCACAAAGGUUGGCACCAAGAAGGCUCACGUGAUUGUCCGACCGUGUGAGUUGGGUUGUCGUGAUCAGCCCAGUGACGACGUCUGGCAUAAUGGAGAUGAGCUUCUGGACAAUAUUGAGGUGUACAAGAUCUAUGGCAAACUUAUGGGAGAUGCCUGUGAAUGUAAGGGCCUUUACCUGCAAGAAUUUCUAGCGACUCCAUUAAGAAAUUCUUAAGAUAAUAACGAAUUCUUUUAACUUUCAGCUCAACUAAAAGACGACAGCGUGACCGACAUGUUCAGAGCUCAAAACUUUGACUUGGUCAUUGCCGAACAUCUCGACUAUUGCGCGCAUGCGUUGGCCGAGAAGGCGGGUAUCAACAAGGUGAUCAGUGCCUCCGCUGUCAUGCUACAACCAAUGGUUCUGGAGGCCAUGGGAAACCCCACCAACAUCGCUUUCACAUCAGGUAAGAUAAUCAACCACUGUUUACAACUCUCAAUCUAAAUUUCAGGCCUCGACGAUGACCAUGGAAGUCAGAUGACGUACUUGCAACGAGCCAAAGCCUUUCUGAUGUAUCCAAUCAAGCGAUGGAUCACUUGGCACACCUUCGAAAGCUACCCGGUCGAAGCCAUUCGCAAAUACUACAGAGCCGACUUCAACCACGCUGAUGCGAUUGCUAAAAGCUCCUACGUUUUUGUCAAUAUUGAUGAGCAUCUGGCCUAUCAGCAGCCUCUAAGCGAGAAGUUUGUCUACAUUGGAGGAGUCGGUGAGCACAUGGGAAGAGAUCAUGUUCUGCCUGAGGUGAGCUGAAAAAGCUAUAGGCUGAAUAACAAAACGUCUUUUCAGAACAUCAACGACAUCUUGGAAAAGUCCAAAAAAGGAGUGAUUCUGAUCUCAUUCGGAACGAUCGCAAAGAGCUAUUUGCUCCCGCAGGAGAGGAAACAAGAACUUAUUGAGACCUUCAAAGCUUUCCCCGAGUACGAUUUCAUCUGGAAAUAUGAGGUUGAUGAUGAUGUUGCCGCCAACUUGACGAAUGUCCACAAGCUGAAAUGGACUCCACAGUCCGACCUUUUGGGUGAGAAUUUUUUUUUACAUCUGCCAGGCAUUGUUUCAAGUAGUAAUGAUUUGCUUUUUUAGCCCACCCAAAACUCCUUGCUUUCGUCACGCACGGCGGACUGAACAGCGUUAGCGAAUCUGCGCAUAAAGGAAAGCCUUUCGUCUGUAUCCCCGUCUUCGGAGACCAGAACCACAACUGUUUCUCAGCGCAAGAAAAGGGCUUGGCUGUGAUGAUCGACAAGCACGAGAUUACCCAGAAAAACAUGGUGCAUGCGUUGACGACCGUACUGCAGACCUCGUAAGUAGAAUUUUUGGAACUAGUGUCUAUAGUUUUACUUUGCUAGAGCUCUUGAGUUUGCUGAAUAAUCAAUUCUAAAAAAAAUAUUUUUUCAGAUACCAAGAGCGAAGUCUCCAGUUCGCCCGGAUGAUGGCCGAUAAGCCUUUCCAGCCUAAGGACAGAAUUAUUGGCUUUGUCCAGCAUGCCUUGAAAUACGACGUAAGCACCGCGCUGGACUUGCCAGGCCGCAAAUUGUCGAUCAUUCAAUACUACUUUGUUGAUGUCAUUGUUCCUCUUUUAGUUGGAGUUAUUCUCUCUUCUUAUUUAUCUUACAAACUUGUUACACGGUCUGUCGGCUUCCUUCAAAGCUCUGUGAAAAGGAAGGUAGAGUAG